UCUUCUUCUCAGAAUACGAGCGCGAUAACUUCUCGAUAUGUGUCAAGAGUGCACGAUACUCUCGCUGUGCGGCCAAUAUGUAACGAUACGAAACUAUAAGAACGGCGAUUCGCGUCGCAUUCGCAUUGUUUGUGACAUUCAUCGACCAAUCGCUCUCACGAUGUUACGGUACGUUGCGCUGUUCUCGCAAGUCGUCGUUCUGGUGCUCUCGGCAAUUGUCGCCGAGCAAGAGGAAUCAUCGGCGAAGGUGCCGACCUGCCUUGACGUUGAGGGCUAUAACAUUUGUCAUUACAAGGGUGUACUAGUGAACGUGACGCAGCGUCGCUUUGUGGAUUGCUUGGAAAUCAACGACUUGGAUCUACUGGCGAUUCAAGAGAACGCCUUUAAAAACGUGACGGCGACGCACUUGUAUCUUAAGUUCGGUAAUCGAAUAUCAGUGCUGAAACGGGGAUCCUUUCGCGGCUUGGCGAAGUUAAAAUGGCUUCAGUUGAACAACAACGUUUUGACGUUGUCGGAGCAUUUGUUCGCGGAACUGGAACACUUGCAUUCACUUUCGCUGGCCUACAACAAGAUCAUCUCAAUACCAAAAGACUCGUUCGCAGGCCUGUCGAAUUUAACUUGGCUUUAUUUGGGUCUCAAUGACAUUGCUAGAAUUGAUGCGGAUUCCUUCUCAAAUCUCAAUCCCGAGCUGCAGUACUUGGGGCUCAAUCACAACAAGAUAACUCAGGUAGCUCCUGGCGCCUUCGCCGGUCUAACUGGACUGAAUCUCCUUCACUUGAACUUUAAUCAUCUGGAGGUCUUACCGGACGGCGCUUUCAGAGGACUGAACAAAUUAGAAGACCUUUUUCUAGAUCACAAUCGGUUAACAAGCGUAUCUGCGGCCAUUUUCCGUGAUUUGAUCGACCUGAAAAAUCUGACUCUUCAAUACAACGAGUUCAGCGCUCUCGCGUUGGAGACGUUUCAGGGAUUAUCUCAGCUGGAAAAUCUUAAUUUGAGAGGAAAUAAAUUGUCUCAUAUUGUAGUCGGUGCGUUCGCCGGUCUAACUGGACUGAAUCGCCUUCACUUGGACUUUAAUCAGCUGGAGGUCUUACCGGACGGCGCUUUCAGAGGACUGAACAAGUUAGAAACCCUUUUUCUAAAUAAUAAUCGAUUAACAAGCGUAUCUGCGGGCCUUUUCCGUGAUAUUAUCGACCUGAAAGUUCUGGAUCUUAAAUACAACGAGAUCAACACUCUCGAGCUGGAGACGUUUCAGAGAUUAUCUCAGCUGGUAUACCUUAACUUGAGAGACAAUAAAUUGUCUCACAUUGUAGUCGGUACAUUCGCAGGAUUACCUGAGCUCCGAGAUCUCAUAUUGGACAACAAUAACGUUGUGCCGUUAUCGGAGCACUUGUUUGCGGAACUGGAACACUUGCAUUCGCUGUCGCUGUCCUUCAACAAUAUCAUCUCAAUAUCAAAAGACUCGUUCGCAGGCCUGUCGAAUUUGACUUUGCUUUAUUUGGAUUAUAAUGACAUUGCCAGAAUCGAUGAGGACUCCUUCUCAAAUCUCAAUCCCGAACUGCAGUACUUGUGGCUCAAUUACAACAAUAUCACCCAGAUAGCUCCUGACGCCUUCACCGGUCUAACUGGACUGAAUCGCCUUUAUUUGAACUUUAAUCAGCUGGAGGUCUUACCGGACGGCGCUUUCAGAGGACUGAACAAAUUAGAAGACCUUUUUCUAGAUCACAAUCGGUUAACAAGCGUACCUGCGACCCUUUUCCGUGAUUUGAUCGACCUGAAAAAUCUGUAUCUUCAAUACAACGAGAUCAGCGCUCUCGAGCUGGAGACGUUUCAGGGAUUAUCUCAGCUGGUACACCUUGACUUGAAAGGGAAUAAAUUGUCUCACAUUGUAGUCGGUGCAUUCGCAGGAUUACCUGAGCUCCGAGUGCUCAUAUUGAAGGACAACAACAUUUGCAUUGUGGAUGAAGGCUCCUUUGAAAAUCUCGUUAAACUGGAAAUUCUUAAAACCGACGGCAACAACAUUACAAUAACGUUGCCACAUACAACAAUUGAUCCAUCCACGGUAUGACGUCAUUAACCUCAUGAGGGUCUCUCUUAUUGUAGAACUUUUACCAUUUACCCAUUUUCAAACAUUAACAUCUCGCAUCUACGAUAAGCGAUCCUCCUGCCAGGAAUCCUCCUGACGCGAUAUCGAUGGCGUGUCAGCGUCAGAUAAUACACAGAUAUAAUCUAACUGAUAUAAUCAGAUACAAACUAACUGAUAUAAAUUAACACAGAUAUAAACACAGAUAUAAACUAACUGUUAUAAUUUAUUGCGAAUGUGUAAUAAAAGGUGUAUAAAAGAUGUAGAUAUAAUAGAUAUUGUAGAAGAUGUAGGUAUUAUAGAUAUUGUAUAUUAUACUCUUGGAUAUAAUCACGUUUAACAAUAUAAUAUAUUGUCUGUAUCGAUA